AUGGAGUAAGAAGAUUUGUUUUCAUCAUCCUCAAAAAAGUUUAGGAAAAACAAUCAUAAUGAGGAUGAAAGCGUAGACAUGAUAAAUAUGGACUAUGAUAGUGGCAUUAAAGGAUAGAAAAACUAGCUUAGAAAAUACAUUGAGGACUUCGCUCGCUUGGAAGAUAUAGAAUAGAAGCUUGAUGAAUUGUAAGACUCUUUAAGCAGCUUAGAUCCAAACGUAUUGAUAGAUUUGACUAGUAAGUUGAAUAUUGGUAAAGAAAUACAAAUGGAAGUAGCUGAGAUGAUGCAAAACAUAGAGGAUAAUAAUUAAUAUUCAGCUUAUUUUUAGAUAAGUUUUGCUGAAUUUAAGAGAGCUUAAGAAAUGCUCGAUUAAAUGCAACAAUAUAAACUCAAUAUGGUGAGUGAAAGCUAAUAACUCACGUUUCUUAUAUAAAUAAAGGAAUUCUUAGAAAAACUUAUGAAAGCUUUAAAGAUGACUGUUAAUGUUGGAAGAAAAGGUGGGAAGGAAACUGAUAAAGAAAUUAAGUAAUUUGAUGAAAAUUUGAAAUUUAUUUAAGCGGGUAUUUUAUCAGAUGAUUCUUUGGGAGAAAAACUAGAACUUGAUUAACUUAAUGGAUUGUAUGUAGAUUUGCUCAGCGCAAUAGAUUUAGCAUAGAAGCUACCUGAAAAGAGUCGUAAUUCUAAGAUUAAAUUAGUGAAGUUUUUAGAAGAUAAAUUUACUGAAGCGAUUUGGAUCAAUAAGGCAACUGACCUUAAAAAUAGUGACACCACCUCAGUCAUUUAGAUGUCAUUUUCUAAAUUUAAUGAUCUUUUAAGAUAGGUGCCAAAAGAGAAUUAAAAAGCAUAGUAGCUCUUAAAAGAAUUAGAUGCUAUGAAAGAAAAGUAUCUCGCAUAUGCUAAUUUAUUCAAGGAUUUAGAAACAAUAAUUGAUGAAAAGAAAAUUAGCUUUUUACCAUCAGAUUAGUUAAAAACUCUUUCAACUAAACUAUAACAGGCAUCUUCUAAAUACAAAGAAGUUCCUUAUGCUCUUAAAUUAGAUUUGAAGCAAAAGUAGCAAUUUGUAGAAAGGAUUUAAGAUAGUAUUAAUUGGUCUAUAAAUGCAAAAGGUAUACUUGAAGAAAGAGUGCAAAAUGUAGAAAAGUUGGAAUAGAUUUUAAUAGAGCAAACUCAAAAGCAACUUUAACCUUCCUAGAAACUGCUAAUAAAAGACAUAAAUGAGAGAAUUUCAGCUGUGAAAAAGUGCGAUUCUUAACUCAACUAAAUUAAAGAAUAAAUUGAAUAGUAUAAUUAAUCAAAGCAAUAGGAAUAAAAGAAUAAAUAUUAGGUAUAAGUUUUUAUUGAGCUUUUUGAUACUUACAAGGAUUUAAAUCAGUAUAUCGAACUCGAGUCUCAACUCAACUAAGUAGAGGACUUCCUUAAAAAGUAUUAAGAUGAAGAGUUUACCAUUCUAAAGCUAACUAAGAAUUGGAUGAGCAGCUUAAAUGAGUAGAAUUUGGAAUUGAAGUCUUUUAAGUCUGAUUUAGAAAAUGUUUCAUCUUUGAUAAAAAAGAGUAUUUUCGAGUGGAAUAAAUAUGAAGCAAAUAUUUAAGGCUUGGAGCUUGCAAUAUAGAUAAAAGAGAUAAUUUAAACUAGUUAAGAAGAAUCAAUGAACGAAAAGAGUGAUAUGAUUGAUGAAGACAAGAAAUUGAGUUGGAAAAGCGUCUUGCGUUUAAAAGAAUAAUUAGCAGCAUUAGAGUAGAAAGACAACUAUGUUAUCAAAAAUUUCGAUGGCAGAAAUGUCUUUUUGAAAUCGAUAGAAGACUAUUAAUUAGCCAAAUAGGAUUUAGAUAAUAUAGGUAAGAAGAGCAUUACUUAAGAGAGAUUCGAUGAAAUAUGCAGCAUUAUACAAAACACAUUUAUUCAUUCUCCUAAUGAUUAGCAACGCUUAAUGAAAAUUAAAUAGUUAAAGGAAAAAAUCUAUAAUGAAAUGAGAGAAUUUGAAGUGUGCUAUGUCAAAAAAGAGAAGGUGGACAUUAAGAGAAUAUUUGAUGUUUUAGAAUCAAUUAAAUUGAGUGGAUUGAAGUUGGAUGAUAAAAAAGUUUAAUUAGAAAAGAAGAUUCACAUUGCUAAUUAAAUAAUUAGAAUUGUUAAGACUUCAGCUAACUUUGAUGUUGACAAAAUUAUUGAGCAGUACAAUAAUUAGAGUGUUUAAAUAGAAUAAAUGGAAGAAAUGAUAACAGAAAAUAAGCAAGUGAACAAUGAUUUAGAGGAUUUUUAAGAAAAAAUCAUUUAUAGCUUUGAUGACUAUGAGGAUUUAAUGGAAAUAUACUAAAAGAUAGGUUCUGUUAAGCUUCAUUUCACUAGAAAGAGACCAUAUCUGUUAUUGAAAUAAAAGAUUUUCUCGCUUUUAACUAUAUUGAUAUGGAAGAGCUGGUCAGAAAACAAACCCUUGUUUGGAUUUAACUACAAUUCUCUCAAAAGUAUUUUGAAUGACAGCGAGUUGUAUGACGAAUUUAUAAUUCUCAAUAAAGCAAAAAUUAAGCAGUUGAAUAUUUUUACUUAAGAAAAGCAAUAAAAAGCUUAAAUGCCUAAGAUUUAAAGAAAUUCUUAGAAAGAAAAUGAAAUGCAAAUUGAGGAUUUACCAUCAACUGAGACAAAAGUAAAGAAAAUCGAAGAAUUAAGUGCUUAGGAAAUUGUUAUGGACUUGGAAAAAGACAAAGAAGAUAUUGAAAAAGAUAAUAAAGAUGACAAUGAAGAAAAGAUAUAUUUGGGAGAUGAAGAAAACAACAAUAUAACAGAUGAGCCAAAAAAUGCAAGAUAGUAAGAGUGUGGUGGAGCUGAAGAGCAAAUAAUGUAACAAGAAUUAAAUUAAUAAGAAGAAAUUGAAGAAGAGUUGAUAAGCUAAGAAAAGAAGCUGAAGAGUAUCUAAGAAAUAAUUGUCGAUGAGAGAGUGCAAGUAGAGAUUUCUAUCUUAAAAGAAUGUAGAGAUUUAAUAAAAAGCAUGUGGGAUCAAGUCAUGAAAAGAGUCAGAUAUAUCAGAGAAGCUUAAAAAAGUGCUGAAAUUGAGAAGCUUGAAAAUGAGUAUGCUUAUCAAUUAGGCUGUGUUGAUUUGAUGGAUAUAUUAAUCGAAUAAAAAAUAUUAGUUUAAGGUAAAGAAGAAUUAUAUGAAUAGGAGUAGCUAAAAAAGAAAAAGCUCGAGGAGCAACAAAAUCAAAUGAAAGAACAACAAUACCAAGCAGCAUAAUAUUUUGCUUAAACUUAAUUACAAAUACAAUAACAAAAAAAUAAUAACAAGACAAUGAAAAAAUCCUAAAAUGUAAAUUAGAGUACUAAUGUUGUUUAAAGUUAGACUAAUUAAUAAGUACCAAAUUCAUCAGAUAGUGCUGUUGAAAAGAUUUUGGCAACUUAGAGCUUUGCCCAAUUCGAUCAAAAGAAAAUAAAAAUUGCAAAAAAAAUAAUAGGAAGCAUGAUUUCAAAUCCACACUAUAAAGAUUUGAAUCACAGAAUUAUUGAAAACACAGUGAGUUAUUUAAUAAAAAAAAUAGUUUAAUUUUAGUAUACAUAAGAUUAUAUUGAGUAAAUAUUUGAGUUCUUUAAUGAGCUUAAAGAAGAUGUUUAUUUGGCUGAGCAAUAUCGUAAAGAAUCAUUUAGCUUUAAGUCAUUCUCCACAAUGAUGAGACUAUAAUCAAACAAGCUUUAAGACAAUAUUAAAAUCAAAAAGAGAAAAUUGAAUGAAGAUUAAUAGCAAGUUAGUUAAUAGGGAUAAGAAUUAGAAAUUUAAUUGGAAAAGCAGUAAAAAGGUAUUAGUUUAGAUGAUGUUUAUUGCAAUACUGUUAAGAAAGCUCCUUCUAAAAUUAUUGAUCACGAUGAAUAUGUUAAGCUAAAUUACAGAUUCAGCAAUACUCAAAUAAAAGAUCCACUUUUCAAAGAGUUUUAUCGUCUUUUACAAAGCAAGGAAACUCUAGCUUAAUUCAGAAAAUAUUAACAAGAGCUAUAAAGAAUAGCUGGAGAGGCUGAUUUUUAAGCAGGGUAAUAUAAUGGAAAUGAAACAGAAGAAGAGGACGAAGAAGAAGAAAAUAAGAAAAAAUCAAUUAAAUCAUCUAAAAAUAAGAGCAGUCUUUCAAGCAUAGGAAGUAAAUCAAAAUUAGCUGGAUAAUUCUCUUCAGAGGACGAAGAAGAUUACUAAUAAGAAAUAAUUUAAUCUCAUCCAUCUGUUUUGAAAUACAUCAAAGACGACAGAGUAAAGAAACUUAUUGAUCCCAUUAAAGAAGAAGAAAUGGAUAGCUUUAUUGAUUUUUGCAAUAACCAACUUCGUUAAAAGUUGACAAAAGAGCUAGGUCAAAUCAGAAUCAUGUACAAUCCCUUAACUAAUGAUGAGGAAUACAUAAAGCACUAAAAAGGUAGCAAAAAUGAUGCUUCUGGCUACGAAACUGAUGACGGAGAUGAGAAAAAUAAGUACGAUCCUGAAUAAAUAAAAAAUUAAAAGAACAUUUACAGUAUUUAUCAAGGCUAAAUCCACCUCCGUCCUGAUACUAACUAGGUACCUUUAGAGGUCACAUGCAUAAUAGAAUCCACUGAAGCUUUAUUAAAAGAAUGUCCUGUUUUUAAGUAUGGGGAUAUGAUCAAGUAGAGCGGAGAAUCUGAAAUGCUUGAAACAAAAGAAUUCCUCAUCAGAUCUUACAAAUGCGAAACUAUUCUCUCACUGUUUGGCUCAAUAGAAAGCGAUAACGAAGAAGCUCAAAAAUAAUUAGAUUCACUUGCUUAAGAUCUAAAGAAUAGAGACAGAGUUUCUAUAGCUUUAUGGAAUACAGCAACAAAAAUGUACAUCUUCCACAAGAAAUUGUUUGAAAGAGAUCACUGUGGAAACAGAAUACAAAAGAAAUUAAAUCUCUCUUCAUCUGAAUUGUGCUUUGCUAUAAUUUUUAAAUCAACUAGUUGCAAGCCUGAAGAGAUAGAAAGUAUUACAAAAAUAACUGACCCUGUUUUAUACGCUUAGUCUCCUUCUGACUUUUUGGAGUUGCAAGCAAUUAAAACUGCUCAAAAAAGAGAAAAUGAAGAAUUCAGAGACAUGAACAAAGAAAAUCUUUUUGACAGUAGCGAAAAACCAAAAUUUAAAAAACCACUGCCAAAAUACAAAAAAGAUACUGUUCUUAAAAUUUAUUUACCCUUAAAGGAGAGUGAAUCUAAUAUUAAAGAAAAUUAGUCAAAGAACACUCUUAGUCUUCUAGUAAAACCAAGAACUAAAGAAAUUGAAAAAAAAAUAGAAUAUGCUGUUCAAAAGCAUCAAUUCUAAUCUAACUUUGUUAGACAGCAGCCACCUUUGAGAGUUACCUAAACACCAGAAUACAAUCCACAAAUAGAUGAAAUAUUAAGGAGAAGAGUAUAGGGAAAAAGAACAGGAAAGAAAUCUAUAAUGCUUGAUGAUUUAAAGUUAAAAGUGAAGGAUCCAAACAAUUAAAAGCCUAAUUUACUUGAAUAAUCACAAUUUAAUGAAAUUUUACCAACAACGAAUAAGAAGUUUUCAAUGAGUAAGAAGAGUGUUACUAUUUCUGAUAAAAUACAGGAAGAAGAAGAUUUAUAAUAAUAGCAAUAUAAUGAUGAUUUAGGUUAUAAUGAUAAUGAUUAUGGUGGCAUUAAUGAUUACUAAGAAAAUUAAUUUUAAGAAGUUACACCUUUCGAAGUGAAUCCAGUGAGAAAGACAGAACUCUCAUCAGUUUCAUCCUUACAUUACAAUAAAAGUGUUUCUUCUAAGCAAUCAAAAAGCAUUUUAAGCAAUAAAAUGUCUUCUGUUUCUUCUUUAAGUUCUCAAUAUAAAGAUAACUUUAACAGAAAGCCAAAAUCAUACAUUGAAGAAGACUACUUAACCUAAGUAAACACCUACUAGAAUUCUAGAUAGCCAAAGUAAUCUGUAAUGGCCUUAAUGGGAUAAGAUAGCAACAGCGAAUAAGAAGAAGAGUAAGAAAACCAAGACUAUUUGUAAAAAAAAGUUAUAGAACAAGCAAAUAGAAACAUGCAGUUAUUAAGUGAAGACUCUCAAACACCAAUUUAUUCAAAGUCUAGUAUUUCUUCUCUCUCUGAAGAAUCAAUGGCCAAAAAUAACUAAAAACUUUAAGAACUUGCAUCGAUUUUAGAUUAGAUGAAAACAAAUACUGCAUAAAACGAAAGAAAAGCAUCUACAUCCUCCAUUUCAGUUUCAUAGUUUGAAGGAAGUCUGAAUGGCGAUUCCAAUUUUUCCAAAGUUUCUUCUAUUAAAUCUAGAAGACCAUACAGCACAGUUUCUAAGAACACAUUAAAAUCAGUUAGUUAUAACGAUGAAUCAAAUUAAUAAUUCUAAGAAGACUUCUAAUUAGAUUCACAAGAAAUGGAUCAAGAAGAACCUUAAUACUAUCACUAGAAUAAUCAAUAUUAAAAUAAGUUUAAUUUCAAUAAUAGAAAUAAAAUAGCUAAUAACUACUUAGAACCAGAAGAAAGUGAUUACAAACCAAGUGAUAUUUCUUCUUUGCCAAGCAGUGAUUAGAGCAAUAGCAGAUUUGCAUAACCAAAAUUCACUAGCUAAGGUAAAUUCCCAUAAACAAAGUUGUAAUUCUAAAAGAAUAGCAAUUAUGACAACAAAGAAAACACUUUUUACAACAACUAAAGAGAUCUUGAAAAUGAUGGAAUUUUAACUCCUUAGCUUAGUCUCUCAAAAGACUCCUAUUCAAAAUUAUCUGUACCUUCAUUGAGUUCAUAUAGCGGUAAGAGAUCACACAACACAUUUAAUUCCAAUUAAAACUAACCUGCUUUCAACAAGAGUUCUAAGUUUUCAAUCAGCAGCUAUCACAGUAAUCGUACACAGCAAUACUCUGAAGACUUAGACUAUGAAAAACAAACACCUGUUCUUGAAAAUUUUGUUAAUAACACUUUUAGAAAUGAUAAUACUGCCUAAAACUUCAAUAGUUCUCGCAACUUCAACAACAACAAUAAUAAUCCAACCAAUUACCAAAGACAUCAAUAAAAUAAUUCAUACUAAACGAAUAAUUAAUCCUAAAGAAGACCAUUAAAUACCCAACCUUAGGCCUACAUAUAUGAGCAAGACAGUUAUCAAUAUAAUAGCAAAGUAUUCAAUAAAUCCAUGUAGAAAUCCAUACACAAAAACCAGUCAGCAUUUAACAUAUAAAACUAUUACAAUGAAGAUGAUUAACAAUAAAGUGAACCAUCCUCUAUUAAUUCAAAAAUUUACGAAGAACAAAUUCUUGAUUUCCGUGACUAAUUAGAUAGCUUGCUACAAACCAUUAAGCAUAAAAAAUUUAUGCAUUAAUAAUGA